AUGAACUCGUUUGUCAAACAAAUACUCCGCAAGCCCAGAUGCAGCCCUUUCCGCAGAAAGAAAAGGAAUGAAAAGGAUGUUGCCACCAAGUCGACUUAUUCGGCUCUUGAAGAUCUUCCUGCCGAACUGAAGCAACAAAUGUCAUCCUUUCUUUCGGUUCGUGACCUCUUCUAUCUUGAAGAGACAUCCAAGUGCAUGAAAAAGGAUCUUGGUAUUUCUGUAAUGUCGUCACCUCUAACAGAUCAAGUGUCUCAGAGCUCUUGCAAGAGAUUUCAAACAGGCCCAACCAAACAGAAUUUUUCAAUCGUCAUUCCAAAUCAAGAAUCACAAUCUUAUGCAACAACCUUCAGAUGCAAACUAGAAUCCAAGGGCAAUAGUGACGGAAUCAUUUGGAUUGUGGAGCAGGAUUUACCUAAAAAUCCAAGCCCUGAAGCUUUCAAGGCUCUUCAUUUCAAGAGGGGCAAAAUCGUAGCCUCGGCUUCAGCAACACCAACAAGAGAGUUGGUGCUUCCGUUCUUCCCGAAGAUUGGCAAGCUUUAUCAGUUGUGGAUUAAUACUCAAGGGACUGUAGUGCACCUCCACAAAAUGACGUUGAGUACUGUGGGUUUGGCCAUGAAGCCAUAUGCAUACGCUUUCUUCCAAAGCGAUGAUAGCCCCAUUAAUGAUCAUCUCUAG